CUGUUUGAGAGCGAGCUGUGUUCCCCGUAUGAGAUCUGCGUUAACGAUGGUAUGUUUGGAAGGUGUCAGUCUGUUCCGGUGAAGGAGGUUUACACCUACGAUGUCUCCCCGUCUGUGGUCCAACGCUUCAGGACACUGCUGGAGAAACUCUCUAACAGAGGUUUGACUUGGGAAGAUGACACCACUCAGCAGGUUCUGUCCAAGGAGUUAUCCAAACUGAGGAGGAUUCCCUACAGGCCACAGCAGAAUGGAGCUGCCUACAACACGGACAGCAGGCCGGCAGCUGAAGCGAUGGACCCAGUAGACCAGAGAGUGAAGCCAGUGGAGGUGGAGCUCAGCAGGAAUCUGCAGACAUACCUCCAACGUCUCGGCCUCCUUCCCAAGACGUCAUCUGCCUCCAGCCUGAGCACCCAGGGCAAGAGUGACCGUUUCCAGUCAGGCAUCCCGGCAGACUUCUAUCGCUCCAAGGCCCAGACAUCAGCUCAGAGGUCGUCUCCCUCCAGCUUUUCUUCUCUUUCUUCUUUCCUACCUCUGCAGAAGCAGCAGAGACCUCCGGCCGACCAGCUCCUGGCCACGCAGGCUGAGGGAGACCUUCUCCUCAGCACCCUGAGGCAGUAUCUCUCUGGGCAUCUGUCGCUGCACCGCGGGGGCAUGGGCCCCGAGGAGCAAGAGGCCCCCGCAUCCCGCCUGAGGCCUUACAGCAACGGAAUAGAAAACUCUGGGCUCAAAAAAGAGACCUCAAAACCCAGGCUUCUAAAGAUGGGAAGAACUCAAGGGGCUUCAGUCAAGGACCCGCUUACGUCUGUGGAUGAGAGAUUCAUCGAGAAGGUUUUGAAGAACGUGGGAAGGCAACACGUGGACGUUGACGGCCUGACGCCUCAGGACUUGGACCAGCUGUCCCGCCUCAUAGCUGAUGCUCUGCAGGUGGUCGACCGGGACCAGGGACGGAACAGGGGCCUCGCCCGGGUCAGACCUGGACCGAGAGACCUGAGCGGAGAGCUGAGGGAGAGGGAGGAAGAAGAGGAGCAGGUUGCCAGGGAUGAGGAAGAGGAAAAGUUGCUGGAGAGCGCUCCGACACUGAAACCACAGGAGAGCACUCCUGUGGUGCCAGCAGCUCUUCAAGAGCGCCACACGGAUACAGAGCAGCGUGAUGUGAAAGACGAGAGUGGAAACCUCUUCACCAAACUUCUCGCCUACCUGGACAAAACUUCCUUCGACGCCUCUCCCUCAGCAAGAAAUCGGAACGACCUCUCAGCCGGAGGUCAGCAGGUGGGUCUGGAAAACGUCCAGAGUCGGACCAGCGAGGCAGCGGUGAAGGUGCAGAAGAAGGACGCCACCCAGUCUGUGGAGGAGGUGUCGGAGGUGGAGGGCUGGAUCAAGGAGGUGGCCCCCCCUCCUGCCUCGCUUGUGUACGACAAACCGCACAAGAAGACGAUGCACGUUCCCGAACUUCAGCUGGACGUCAAAGCCGGCAGGAAGAAGGCCGACGAUGACGUCUUCGGCUACGUCAUCACCGACACAGAUGGGCUCCAGACGGACGAAGGCCUCCACCUGAUGGAGAUCCUGGCUCGCAGGGCUAAAAUCCAGAUGACCGACUUCGCCGAGCUCUCGGUGGUGGGCCCCGCUGUGACCUUCAAAGUGAGCCCGAACACUCACAACGUCAGCACCACAGAUGUGGCCAACGUGGCUGUUCAGCAGAAAGCAGCUCUGGAGAAGGAAGCCAAGCUCAGCAUCCUGGAGGCUGGAGUCGCCGAUGGAAGUCAGAUCAACCAGAUCCCCACCAAAUACAGCCAGGCGGAGUCGACCAAGUUCCUCGUCCUCACUGUCGUGUCCAUCCUGUGCAUCGUUGGUGUGCUGCUGGCCUCCACCGUGGUCUACUGCCUCCGCCACCGCUCCCACCACAAGCUCAAGGAGAAGCUCACCAAUCUGGGAACAGAUACUACCAGCGAUGCUACCGCCACCUAUCAGGAGCUCUGUCGGCAGCGUAUGGCGGUCAAACCCCCGACUGAGCGCCCGGAGCCGAUCUCCUCCAGGAUCAACAGCGUGUCGUCUCAGUUUAGCGAUGGCGGCCAAGCCGUCAGCCCCUCGGCGCGGAGCAGCAUCUCCUCCUGGAGUGAAGAGCCCGCCCACUCGAACAUGGACAUCUCCACUGGUCACAUGAUACUGUCCUACAUGGAGGAUCACCUGAAGAACAAGGACCGCCUUGAGAAGGAGUGGGAGGCACUGUGUGCCUACCAGGCAGAACCCAACGCCUGCACCAUUGGCAUGAAGGAUGGCAACGCCAAGAAGAAUCGCUCCACUGCUGUUGUGGCAUAUGAUCACUCUCGAAUCACCUUGAAGGUGGAGAACAGCCAAGGCAACUGUGAUUACAUCAAUGCCAGCCCAAUCAUGGUAUGGGAGAAUGGCUGCGUGGUUAUUGUUAUGCUGACACCUCUUGUCGAGAGCGGGGUGAAGCAGUGCUACCACUACUGGCCCGAUGAGGGAUCCAACCUGUAUCACAUCUACGAGGUGAACCUGGUGUCCGAACACAUCUGGUGCGACGAUUUCCUGGUUCGUAGCUUCUACCUGAAGAACAUGCAGACCAACGAGACACGAACGGUCACUCAGUUCCACUUCUUGACUUGGCUCAACCAGAACGUCCCAGAGACCAGCCGGACGCUCCUCGACUUCCGCAGGAAAGUUAACAAGUGCUACCGGGGACGCUCGUGUCCUAUCAUAGUUCACUGCAGUGACGGUUCAGGAAGAAGUGGGACCUACAUCCUUGUUGACAUGGUCCUCAACAAGAUGGCUAAAGGUGCCAAGGAGAUUGAUAUUGCAGCAACUCUGGAGCACCUGCGGGACCAGAGGCCGGGAAUGGUUCAGACCAAGGACCAAUUUGAGUUUGCGCUGACGGCCGUUGCGGAGGAAGUGAACGCCAUUCUGAAAGCUCUUCCACAGUAGGAAGGAGCACCUCCUUCUGAUGGACCUCCUCAUUCUCCUCUACUAUCUAACCUAGAGGAUGGUCCCAAUUAUUAUGUUUCCUCGUCCCGUCUCCUGUCAUUCUCCCCUUCUGUCUUGUCCUACAUGUCAUCCCAGUUUCUCCGGUCUCCUUUUCUUCCUUCAGUCUAAUUGUUUUUCAUUUUAUCUUGUAUUUCCUGUCCACUCCUCCUCUUCUCUUUUUUCACAUUGUGUUGUUGCUCCCUGUUUUCUUGUUUCUGUCUUUACCUACCUUUUCCUUUUUACUUCCUCUUGUGUCCUCCAAAUGGCGAUUGUCUCAUUCUUUACUUUUAUCCAAUCCUUCAUCUUCUAUUUUUAAAUAUCUCCUCCUUUUCUCUCCCUUUGUUUCCUUAUUCUCCUCCUGCCUCCUCUCCUCUUAGUUCAUCCUUUCACUUCUUCUCAUCUCCCUCUCACCUUCCAUCUUAGUAAACAUUGUGCCAGGAAACCAUUGAACCAAUCCUGUACAUAGAUAGACCUUCCUUCUAUUGUAAACGAUCCAUGCAGCCUGUUUUCCAAAGUGACAUUUAAACAUGUUUUGAUAGCUUGAUAAAAAUGUUUCUCUAUGUUCUGUUAAGAGUAUGUUUAUCACUGUUUAUGUUUCUAGGCGAGGUUGACCUCAUGGGCGUCAGUUGGGUAUGGCAGGAUUUGGGAAUCAUUAUUACUGUAGUUGUACUAAAGCUCUGACCAUCCAACCAAAAUCACUUUUAUCAAAAUGAAAACACAUGUUUUUAUAAUUCUAAAUUGAAUAAAUGUGACGAUAUCAUCUUGGGCUCUACAACAGACAUUUUUCACCAUUUUCUGAAACUAUAUUGACUAAACUAAGUCCAGAAAUGAAUCAGUAAUGAAAACAAUCAUUAACUGCGGCCCUAGAUAUGCAUAUAAUUUCCCAAAUAAUGUUCAAUGUAAGUAUUUCCCACUUUGCUAUUUCACCAAAUUGACGCCCUUGACUGGUCUUUUGAGUGUGUGUGUGUGUGUGUGAUGUUGAUCAUCAUGUUCGUAUCACAAAAAUCGUAUUUGUGUCUGAUUUUUAGUGCUAUGCUUUCUGAUGUGUUUUCAUGCAGUAUGCUAGAGUGUCACAGUGUAACUCAUCCAUGCCAGUAAGGUAGAUAUGAGGCAAAAUACUCUAAAAGAGUGAUUUCAUCUCCCGUUGAGGAUUAUUUUUCUUAACAGCAAGUGAUGAAAAACUGCCAGUAGAAUGUUGUUUUCAAAGUGUGGAGCAACUCCAUGAAACAUCUGCAAUUUCCCACUUAUUUUAAGAAAAAUAAUAGAUGCUGGUACAGAAUGUGAGGUGAAAUAACAUGGAUAUAUAUUUUUUUCAAUGUGUAAUUUUCAUUAUCCCAGUAGAAGCAAUAUUGUGUUUCUUCAACCUGAAUCGUUAUUUCUUGUGGACAACCAAUAUUGUGGCUUGUCAGUGAAGUUACACUCAUGUCUGCCUUAAUAAAAACACAGUAGAAGGAUUGGUAAGUGUGUCCAGCCACCUGGAAACGAGUGCUAGUGUGCAACGCUUCAUUUUAAAAUGGCCUUAUUCCAGCGGAUUAACCUGUGGAUUAAAGGUUUGCUGUGCUGCUACUUAAUGAAAAUCACUCUGAUAAACACUGAAGAACGUGCUGUCUUUAAUAAUCUGGGGGCAGGAAGUUACCAUCUGUCCAAAAGUUUGUGAGAGAAGUGUGAAUUGUGUUCUUUAAAUAAUGAAUCAUUAAUUACUUUGAACUACAGAGCACUGGAAUGAGGCCAUUUUACAAUAAAGUGUCUCUGACUAGAAGUUUUAUGAUAAAAGAGGAUAGUCUUGCUUCUGAAUAGCAGUUCUUCUAUGUAGCAUUAAUGGAUGAUUUGUACAUGUACAGUAGCUGAACCUUUAUUGCAUUGAAACUAGUUUGCAGUGACACUCGUUAGCUGGUUUUCCCAAAACCAUCUUAAGACUAGCUAGGUUUUUGUUCUGUAGUAAAUGAAAGGAGCAUGUUUAAACCCAUUUACUACAAACUACUUGUUCUUUACGUUGCUGCUAACCAAAUCAUGUUCCUGUCUUGUGAACGUGUUAUUUAAUCUAUAUUCCAGGCAGCCUGUUGGUUUCCGUUUUCUGUCGAGGAUAAGAAUCUAUUAGUGGAGUAAUUAUUGUUACAAGAUAAUGCAGAGUGGAUUUUGAAGAGUCUGCUAGUUGAUUAUCCGAUUGUAUGGAAAUGAAUGGAACCCAGUGGCUGCCAUGAAAGCAGACUACAUUAAAAAUCUGUAACUUUCCGUCAUGCAUUAGAUGCAAUCACUCACACUAGUCUGAGCCGUGGUGCAUUUUUGUACUUGGCUUAUUUAAGACUCCCACUGCACAAUUAGAGGCCUGCUUAGGCUUUUAAACAACAAUAACAUUAUUCAUAAGUGUGUAUUGGCCAUUUCUGAUGUCGAAUACAAGCCUAGAGAUCAUUUUGUUUUUCUUGGCUUUCCCAACACAAGAGAUCUCUCAAGGAAAAGGCUUGGUUUUACCCAUAAAUCACUGCGUUUGUGGGCUGAGAGAAAUAAUACUCACAAACUACUACUUGUGGUAGUUUUGUGGUAAAUAUUCGUUGACUUGGAUAACAUUCAAAGCUAGUUCUAAGAGAACAGAGCUCAAGAGAACAAAACACUACUAACAUUUGGGGUGAACACAUCCAUGAAGAUGACUUUGGGAAACAGCUCAUAGUUUGUGGAAAAUCAACUUAAUUUCACUACUUUCGAUAGGCUGACAGAUCCUAUCAUUCAAAUUCUACUUCAGUAUGUUUAAUCAUAUCUGAAUCACCAAUAAUAUGACUUGCAUACACUAUGCUACAAGUGCAUGGCUAUUUACUUAGCGCGCUGUACUUUCCUGUGGCCUCAAGACAAUCUUAGCAAAGCUCUUCAAGCAAACAAACAAAUGUUGGUUAUCUCUUCACUUUAUUUCAGACUAUGUAUUGCACAAGAAGCUCCAAGUGCACCUUAACAGUGCAAAAGCCAAGGAUUAUCAUCUCUAAACAGUGCAGAUCAUGGUUAAAGCGAGUUAAAAGGUGGUGCAGUAUCAAUAUGAUGCAACACCGCAGCAAGCCGGUGUCAUGUUGUUGGAGUCGACUCCAUUUUUCAUCACAAAAGUGAAACAUGCUGCAAGAAAUGCUCGUUAUAACAGCUUGUUUGAUGUAGAAUGAGAUCUUAAUUUGUCUGCCUUUUUAAAGAUACUGUCAUGUAUGUUAUAAAGAUGUGGAAAUAAGUGAAAGUGAAAUUUUCUGAUUCUACCGGCCAUUUUUAAUGAGUCAAACUUGUUAUUAUGGGUGUUUUUUCUUCAUGGAGGAUGCUCAGUAGGUCAUAUCCCCCAAUGCUGUUAUUUAUUUCACACACUCAAUAUCAAAUAUCAAUAGAUGGCUGGUCUGUUGCAUUAACACUGUACAUAAACAAAAUAAAAACAAAAACAGAAGAUAUUUUGUUCUAUUGGUGUAAACAACUUGUGAAUAAAGUGUCAUUGUUGAUGCAGUA